AUGAAAGAGAAGCCACGUGCUCCUGAGCCGCAUGAACCAGGCCCUCCGAUGUACACCGUCACCCUGCUGACGCUUUCAGGCUCACCCAGCGCGGAGUUCGAGCUGCCGCCGGCCACCCCGGUCGGCGAGAUCUUGCAGAAGGCUCGCGCCACGGCGUCCGACGGCCGCGCGCAGUUGAAGCUGCUACUGCAGGGUCGGGCGCUGCAGGCGAAGGAGACCUUGUGUUCCCUGGGCUUGCCUCCGCCUCCCUCUGUGGUGGAGCUGCAGCUCAUCUGCCAGCCGAGGCUCGUCGAGCGCAUCUCUGCACAAACCUCCGAUUACCAGAGGGUGUCUAUCGGGAUCUGCGGGCAGCGGGGGGCGGGAAAGACGUCUCUCAUGAACCAAUACGUCGAUCGAGCCUUCUUUGCGGAUCAACUUGAGCAGCGCGUCAUCUCCAUCCACUUCAAGUCUGCGAACCUGCGCGCCGAACGCGGCGAAGCCUUCGUUCCUGUCAAGCUCCUUCUCUGGGACCUGCAUGGACGGCAUCAUCCGCAAGAGCCUGUGCGCGCCAGCAUGUUCCGGCAUGUGUCAGCCGUACUCUUUCUUGCCGACCUGGAGUCGCUUGCGCUAGACGAGAUUCAGGGACUACUGGACAGUUCCGCGCCAGUCCCUGUCCUGGAGAGAGUGCUGGUGGGCAACAAGGCAGAUGCGUGCGCCCCCGGAAGCAGCGAGGCAGCACAGGCCUUCGCUGCGGAGCGGGACCUGCCCUACUUCGAGACCUCGGCCAGGGACUAUGAGAGUGUGGAGCCGGCGAUUCACCAGAUUCUGCUUUCCGUGCUGGAUAAGCUGGAGCUGAAGUUGACGCCCUUGUCCGCCCCUCGACCACCUCCCCUGCCCGAUCGCUGCACUUUGCAAUGA